CGACUUAUCAGUACAAACGCGGCGACAGACUCACAAUUCACGAACAUGUCGAUCACACUACACAAAAGCGACGGCAGCCCGCCAGCCCGAGCAGCUAUGAUGAUAACUGAACUGCUGAAGUUGAAGCAUGAACGAGUGGACGUGAACGUCAUGGGUGGAGAUCACCUGAAGCCGGAGUACCUGCAGAAGAAUCCUAAUCACUCAGUACCUAUGUUAGAUGACAACGGGUUCAUUGUUGCAGACAGUCACGUAAUUUUGACCUACCUGGUUGAAAAAUAUGGUCAAAACCAAGCUCAACUUUACCCAAAAGACAUCGCCUUAAGAGCAACAGUGGAUCAGAGGCUCUUUUUUGAAGCGUCGAAUGUGUUUGGUGCUAUUAGGGCCCUGAUAUCACUAAUCAUGCAACAACAGCCAACUGAACCUUCGCCAGAGGUCAUUCAAAAAGUAAAUGAGGCUUACAAGACUUUAGAAGCAUAUUUGUCGAAGACCAAGUAUGUCGCGUGUGACCACUUGACAGUAGCUGACAUCUCUUUGGCGUCGAGUAUCUCCUCACUCAAUGGGGUGAUCCCUAUUGACGCCAAGUAUGGGAAGCUGAGGGCAUGGUUGAGCUCCCUGGAGAAUGAAGAGUGGUACAAGAAAGGUAACGCACCAGGACUCGCCAUGUUCACAGGAUUCAUAAACUCUGUAUUUGAGAAAAACGCAGGUAAAGCAUAGAUCGUUAAAUAAUUUAUUGUAUAUUUGUUCUAAGUAAUUAUGUUUUAAGUUUUAUUUUCUACCAAAUAAAUUAAUUUAA